GGCUGAACCGGUAUAUUUUCGUUUGUUGUCGGGCGGCUCGUGUAGUGCCUUUGCCUCGCCAGGCAAAGAGCCAAGCGGAGGAGACUACGGGCAGAGGCCCGUGUUGCUUGCCUGUCCUCCUUUCAGAACGGAAUGGGAGCGAAAAGCAGAGCUGUCGUUUCUCCCGCGCAGAGAAGUAGCCCACUGACUGGGCUGACAUGAAAAGAAGGGAGCUGCUUUGCUUGAGCUAUGUGUACGAAGGGAUUGUGAAUUGACAGAGUGGUUCCCUUUGAUGUGAAUGAAGCAAGUCCUGCCUUUCUGGGAUGCCUUAGGUGAUGCCCAGCUCUACUGCAAUGGCAAUUGAGGCUCUGUCUAGCUCCCUCCUUGUGACUUGCUGCCUAAUGUUUGCUCUCUGUAGCUCCACUGCACCUUUGCAAAAACUCACUCAAGACAAGCAGGAAAUAAAAACAAAUCAAGAAAAGCGGAACCACACAUCCGCCUGGGAGAACCAGAAUCAGACAGGACCUGGGAAAAUGAAUGAAAUGAGCAGGAAUGGAAGAGAGGAGGGCAUCAGAGACUGGAAAAGCAAAGGUAACAGAAGUUAUUUUAACAAAGAAUCUUGGACUAAGCAAAAACAAGCUUUGAGCAGCCAGACAACAAGUGGCAAGUUUGGGAGCCUCCAAACCCAAGAACAGAUGGAGGUUGUUCAGGAAGGGUUUCUAGCUGCUGAAGAUUCUUCUUUCUUGGAUGUUGCUGGUAGUACCCCUGAACCUCCAGAGGAAUAUGCUUACCCAGACUACCGUGGAAAAGGCUGUGUGGAUGAGAGUGGCUUUGUUUAUGCGAUUGGGGAAAAGUUUACUCCAGGUCCAUCAGCAUGUCCUUGCCUUUGCACUGAAGAGGGUCCUCUAUGCAUUCAGCCAGAGUGUCCUAGACUCCACCCUCGCUGUAUUCAUGUUGACACCAGUCAGUGUUGUCCACAGUGCAAAGAAAGGAAAAACUACUGUGAGUUCCGGGGGGAAAUCUACCAGACACUGGAAGAAUUCACGGUUUCACCUUGUGAAAAAUGUCGCUGUGAAGCCAAUGGUGAAGUAGCGUGUACUGUGUCGGCUUGUCCUCAGACUGACUGUGUUGAUCCUGUAUAUGAACCAGAUCAGUGCUGUCCUGUCUGCAAAAAUGGACCCAACUGUUUUGCAGAGACUACUGUCAUUCCAGCAGGUCGAGAGGUAAAGACUGAUGAAUGCACUAUAUGUCACUGUACAUAUGAAGAAAUUACCUGGCGAAUUGAACGACUGGCUAUGUGUACCAGACAUGAGUGCAAGCACAUAUAGAUCUACAAAUCUAAUGACUAGAGAUGUUUUUAUAAAAUAUUUCCAUGCUCCAAAUAAUAUUUGACAAAAUAAGAU